AUGCCUCGGGGUACCGACCCUUCGCCCCAGCUUGCGAAAUGGACCCGCACAACCUCAGCUCAUCGGGGAAUUCGUGCCUCAACAACUCGUGCUCACGCGAGGGGACGCGCCCCUCCUCGGCGGCAGCCAAGGCUGAUCGAGGGAGGGCAGACAGUCCAGUAUGGUCCCCUCACCACUGAAUGCCCCGCAGGCCACAAGCCCGCCAAGUCAGUGCGAGAUCAUCUCUUUGGAAAUCCUGCCAAGGGUGACGACUCUCCAAAAGGAGCCACCUCCACACCGGCCGCUCUUACCAAAUACAGUGGCUACAAGAGCCGGCUAGUGAAACUAGCCGGCAUCCAGCUAUCUGCCACCGGGCUCGGAGCCCUGCGGCUCCGGCCACCCUCAUCGCCCACCCUGGGGAUACUCCGAGGCCACCACCGCCGCCUGCGGCUUCGCAGGGCCCGCUUCCGCACCGCCUUCACCUUGGCCCUCACGCCCGCCAUGCUGCCCGCGCUACCCGCCAUGCUGCCCGCGCCGCCCGCCAUGCUGCCCGCCAUGCUGCCCGCACCGCCCUCGCAGGUGCGCCACAACUACCACCCCGACUGCGAGGCCUCCGUCAGCACCCAUUUCACCCUGGAGCUCCACGCCUCCUUCAAAUGCCUGGACGCGGCCUUUUACCUCCACCGCGACGACGUGGCCUUGAAGCACUUCACCGGCUUCUGCCUGCGCCGCUCCCACGAGCACAGCGGGCGGGCCCAGGGCCUGAUGCGCCUGCAGAACCAGCGCGGGGCCGCCUCAACUUCCAUCAACAUCAGGAAGCCAGUCAGUGACGAGUGGAAGAGCGGCCUCAAGGCCAUGAAGUGCGCCUUGUUCCUGGAGAAGCGCGGGAACCGGAGCCUGCUCCACCUGCACCAGCUGGCCACCGACAAGAGCGACCCCCACCCGCAUCACUUCCUGGCAACUCACUACCUCAGCCAGCAGGUGGCGUUCAUCAGAGAGCUGGAGGCUCACGUCACCACCCUGAGCAUGAUGGGGGCCCCGGACGUCGACCUGGUAGGGCGCCUCGUUGACAAGCUCUCCCUGGACGAUAGCGACAAGAAGAACUGA